AUGUGCGGCAUCCUCGCCUUGAUACUGGCCAGCGCCUCCGCCUCUGCUAGCGUCGACCUGCACGAAGCACUAUACCUGCUCCAACACCGUGGCCAGGAUGCGUGCGGUAUAUCCACCUGUGCAUCAGGUGGCCGGAUAUUCCAAUGCAAGGGAAAUGGCAUGGCAGCAAAGGUUUUCCACGAUGGGGCGCGUGUUGCUGACUUGCCUGGCUUCAUGGGAAUCGCACAUUUACGAUACCCCACUGCAGGCAGCAGCGCAAAUGCGGAGGCCCAACCCUUUUACGUCAAUAGUCCAUAUGGCAUCUGCUUAGCUCACAACGGUAAUCUGAUUAAUGCUGUUGAGCUGAAGCGAUACCUGGACUAUGAGGCCCAUCGGCAUAUUAACACUGAUAGCGAUAGUGAACUGAUGCUCAACGUUUUCGCCAAUGAGUUAAAUGAAACCGGAAAGGUCCGCGUUAAUCGCGAGGACAUUUUCAAAGCCUUAGGCAAGAUGUACGAACGCUGCGAAGGUGGAUGGGCCUGUACGGCUAUGUUGGCUGGUUUCGGGGUGCUUGGCUUCCGCGAUGCCUAUGGCAUUCGCCCUCUCGUCCUCGGGUCUCGUCCUUCGGCGGAUGGGUCGGGUAUGGAUUAUAUGAUGGCAUCCGAAUCCGUCGCGCUAGACCAACUUGGUUUCUCCAAUAUCCGAGACAUCCAACCAGGUGAAGCUGUUGUUAUCCAAAAAGGGGCCGAGCCAGUAUUUCGCCAAGUCUCCCCGAAGAAAGAUUACGCACCUGACAUCUUUGAAUACGUUUACUUCGCGCGCCCUGAUUCCGUUAUUGACGGUAUCAGUGUUUACCGAAGCAGGCAGCGGAUGGGUGACAAGCUUGCUCAACUUAUCGUCAAGACCCUAGGACCCAAGGCGAUUGAGGACAUCGACGUAGUUAUCCCGAUUCCUGAAACUUCCAACACAUCUGCUGCCAGCGUUGCGCGAUUCCUUGAUAAACCUUACUGCCAAGGCUUCGUCAAGAAUCGUUAUGUUUUCCGGACCUUUAUCAUGCCCGAACAAAAGGCAAGGCAAAAAGGUGUUCGUCGGAAGCUAAACGCUAUGAAGGCAGAAUUCAAGGAUCGCAACGUGCUCUUGGUCGAUGACAGUAUUGUCCGCGGCACAACGAGUCGGGAGAUCGUCACAAUGGCCAGAGAGGCGGGCGCACGGACGGUUCAUUUCGCGAGCUGCGCUCCUCCAAUCACCCAUGCUCAUAUCUACGGUAUCGACCUCGCCUCACCUCAAGAAUUGGUCGCCCAUAACCGUGAUACGGAAUCAGUCGCCGCCCACAUAGGCGCUGACACCGUCAUCUAUCAAACUCUCGACGACCUCAAAGAUGCCUGUGCCGAAAUCUCCAAAGAAAACGGACUUGCAGAACCCACCAAGUUCGAAGUCGGCGUUUUCUGCGGGAAUUACAUCACCCCGGUCUCAGAGGGCUAUUUCGAUCAUUUGGAAAAGGUUCGUGGCGAGGGACGAAAAUUCAAAGUCGUCGACUCCGCCCGCAAAGCCGUGUUGCGUGGGAUUGCCAACCAGACAGAAGUGCAGGUUGCCGCAAAUGGGGUCGAAGUAGAUAAGAACGGCGAAGUUGUACCAGCUUCAGCUGAACACCGAGUUAAUCCGACGAAUUCUGCGAAUACUACCAAUCAUCAUAGCGAUGAGACGGACCAUCCACCACAGGUCAAGGACCGUAUGGAUAUCUCACUACAUAAUAUUGGGGAUUACGCCUAG